AAAAUGCUAAAUCCAAAAAUCUCAAUCACUCUCCGUUUCCCAAAAAAAACCCAGAAAUCUAGAGAGAGAAAGAGAGAGAGAGAAAGAGAGAGUGAGGGGAGAGAGAGAAACAACAGAGAGUGAAGCAAAUGGGAGUGACAAUGGGUCUGAAUCUGCUGCUGCUGAUGGCUAUGGUGGCCACCAACAUACUCUCACUCUACCACCUUUCCUCCACUCUCCAAACCCCAAAACCACCAACUCCCCAGCCAGUCCCUGACCACCUCCUCCACCAGCUCCACACCAUACGCGCCACCAUCAACCACCUCACGCGCCACCACCCAUCUCCCUCUACCGCCACCUCCAAAACAACCAAACCAACCGUCCCCUCGGAUCUCCUCCUCUACUCUCAGCUCUCCCCCAUCGCCUCCUCCUGCCACGACCACCCUGACCUCCUCCACAAGUACAUGACCUACACCCCCUUCUCUCUCUGCCCGCUGGACUCCGACCUCGCCGAGUCUCUCAGUCUUCGCGGCUGCCACCCGCUCCCCCGCCGCCGCUGCUUUACCAGAACCCCACCAAAACUCACUUCUUCUCUCCCCAUGAAUCCGUUUCCUCCUUCGCUUCCAGACUCCAGUGUCGUGUGGGCCAAGUAUUCCUGCAAAAGCUUCAGCUGCCUCGGCGGCAAAAACCCAAAUUUGGGCUUCGACCUGCCUCACGAAUUGUCCAACUUCAUGACUUACAAGUCGGAGCUCGACCUCCCGAUCCCUCAGCUCUUCCAAAUCGCCAAAGCAGCCAACUCGGUCCUCCGUCUCGGCAUCGACAUCGGCGGCGGAACUGGGACUUUCGCGGCGAGGAUGAAGCUCUACAAUGUCACCAUUCUCACGACCACCAUGAACCUUGGAAUCCCCAACAAUGAGGCGGUGGCGCUGAGGGGGUUGGUGCCAAUUCACGCUCCGCUGCAGCAGCGGUUGCCGGUGUUCGACGGAGUGGUGGAUCUGGUGCGGUGCGGGCACGCCGUGAACCGGUGGAUACCCGUAACGGCAUUGGAGUUUUUGUUGUUUGAUGCGGAUAGAGUGUUGAGGGGAGGAGGGUAUUUGUGGUUGGAUCAUUUUUUCAGCAAAGGGGUGGAUCUUGAGAAGGUUUUCGGACCGUUGAUUGGGAAAUUGGGGUACAGGAAGGUGAAGUGGGCUACGGCGAGUAAGAACGAUUCCGGUGGGUUGAAGAAUGGCGAGGUUUACUUGUCUGCUCUGCUCCAAAAACCCGUCUCGAAAUGAGGCUGCAAUUGGAGGCAUUGCUGCCGAUCUUUGCCGUUUACGAAUUACCUCUCCUGAGAAGAUGGGUGUCCUUCAUCGAGCAAUGAAACGGUAUAUUUACAUUCUCCGAUCUGAAGCGUGUUACGGCUUUUGCUACUUGUUACUGAUGUAAACAAUCGUCGAACGUCACAAGAUUUGUAACGCUAUGGUAGGCCGGGUGUAAAUUCGAAAAGGGAACCAAGGGAGAAGCAGAAGAUUAAGCAUGUUCAUUGGUAACCUGAUAGGGAUUUUACCACACAUGUGAAUGGGCUAAAAACUCUUAUUAUA